CUGAGGGACGUGUUUCUCAGGGCUCCUAUCGUUUUGACAAUUUUUGGAUGUUUACGCCAGUGAUAAACCUCCUUUUUUGACUGGAUGACUUCGCAUAUAGAUAAGUGUAUAUAUGUUUCUCUUGGAUGUGUAAAAUAUUUCGCUUUUUCACCGUAUUAUUCAUUUUCAUAUUUUGUGUAUAUAUUUUGAACUGGGUGAAUCGGUCACGCAUACUUGAACAUACGAUGGCCACAGGUACUACAGGUAACACAGGUAGUGUGAGCGAAAACUCACAGCCAGUCGACCGUACAUUGAAACCGCUUUACCUGAAAAACUCAGAUAUUCAAACAUCUGAAGACAAGAGAUUAUCAGAUUAUGAUCUUAUAGAUCCAAUUAUGCGUGUUAUUGGUGAUGACCUACAUUGUCUACAGUUAGACCGCAAUCUGUGGCGCAUUUAUUUGAAAACAUUGGAAAGCCAAAACAAACUGUUAACACAGGGCAUAGAAAUCAACGACAUUUCUGCUUCUUUUUAUGACACAAAUCCGUACUCUUCGGGAGCGACAUCAGUGUCUCAGCAAACACUUAAAAUACGCAUAUGUGGUUUACCAUUAUCAGUUGACGAAUCUGCCGUACAUGAAAUGUUAAAUAAACUGAAAGUCAAACUCACAAGCAAAAUACUGUACGAAAAGAUUCGUCACCCAGUUACAAAUAAAAUGACUAGUAUUCUCAAUGGUACACGUUUCAUGUAUAUUGAGCCUCUACCUGCUGGAGAAAGUCUUCCGAAAUUUAAUACAUGUGCAGGUCUUCGUUGUAAAAUAUUGCACUUUGGACAGCCAAAGAACAACCACAUACUUCAAUGCACAAACUGUUGGAAAACAGGUCAUACAAAAUCAAUAUGUAAGAACGAUUCUUGCUGCAAAGUAUGUCAAAAGCCUGGUCAUUUACCGGGACAGAAAGAAUGUCCACAUUAUGAAGUCCAGAAGCAUAUCGCUCCAUUCAGCGGAUCACAAGACGUUCUGUCUAAUUUUUACCCGUGCGAAUUGGAUAUCUACGGCGUCAAACAUAAAUCCGCCGAACAUGCGUUUCAAUACACCAAAGCGAUUCGUUGUGGUGAUUUAGAUGCUGCGAGUAAAAUAACAGCUGCGGAAGACGCUCUCUCAGCUAUGCGACUCGGGAAAAAGAUUAAAACGAACGAACAAUGGAACGCCACUAAGGAGGCAGUGAUGGUAGAAAUUAUUGAAAAUAAAAGCGUGCAAGUAAAACUGUUUCAAGAAAAAAUACGAUCAGCUAAACAAUCUACCACGUUCGUGGAAACCACCUACAACGACGAAUGGGGCUCCGGUCUGGAUAGGACAGGGACCAUCAACACAAAACAAGAUAAAUGGCCUGGUAAGAACACCUUGGGAACGAUCAUUAAAAAAGUGGCGAAAAAAGUUCGCAAGAGAAAAUUAAGUGAUAACGCUCCAAAAGCACAAAAACAAAACCGUGAACAAGCAAAGCAACGAAACAUCGUUGACAUGUUGAAAACAUUGCGUGCGGCAUCAGACAGUGAUGCAUCUGGCUGCAAUCCCGACUCCGAGAGUUCGGAAUCGGAGGGUGAGACCUAGGUCAGUUAAUCUGUAUUUAAAACUACAUAUGAACAUUAUUGUUAUAUGUACUGUAGUUUACAUAAGAACAAAUAGUUGAAAAACGAAUGAACUAAAAAAACAUGUCAAUGUAUCGAUUAUUAUUACUAUUUGUAUUUUUUUUUCUUUUUAAUAUUUUGAAUUAUGGUAUUUAUAUAUAAACACAUAUAACACAAAGUAAUACAAAACCUUUGAGAAAUGAAUGAAUUAAAUAUACUGUCAGUCAAUGUAAGAGGAUUAAAUUCUAGUGAAAAAAGAUAUAAGAUUUACACAUGGUUAAAAGAAAAAAAAGUAGAUAUAGCUUUUCUUCAAGAAACUCAUUUUAUUCAAAAAUUUGAAAACAAAUAUAAUUUUUAUUGGGAUGGAACAUCUGUGCAUGCAUUUGCAAACUCUCAGUUUAGCAGAGGGGUCACUAUUCUUUUUC